AUGUUUUGGCGGGAACGUGACAAGGAAAUUAAUAUUAAUAAUAAACAUAAAAUUCCUCAUAGUGGUCAGGUUCGAGUCCUCGUUGUUGGUGAUUCAGGUGUUGGAAAAACUUCUCUUGUUCAUGUAAUUGUGAAAGGUUGUUCAAUUGCAUGUCCUGCUCAAACCGUAGGUUGUGCAGUGGAUGUGAAGCAUAUUACGUAUGGAUCAUCUAGUAACUCUUCAAGUGGCAUCAAAGGUGAAAUGGACAGGGAGUUCUUUGUUGAACUUUGGGAUGUAUCUGGACAUGAACGAUAUAAAGAUUGUCGCUCUAUGUUCUAUUCUCAAGUGCACGGUGUUAUUUUUGUACAUGAUCUAUCUCAGAGAAGGACAAAAACUAGUUUGCCAAAAUGGGCUGCAGAGAUUGCUGCCACUGGGACAUUUUCAGCCCCUCUAGCAAAUGGUGGUCCUGGUGGCCUUCCGGUACCAUACAUUGUCAUUGGGAACAAAGCAGAUAUAGCUUCGAAAGAGGGUAGAAGAAAUAGCAGUGGCAAUCUUGUGGAUAUGGCUCGCCAAUGGGUUGAGAAGCAGGGUUUACUUCCGCCGAGUGAGGAACUUCCUCUGAGUGACAGUUUUCCUGGAAGUGGCGGGCUUCUGGCGGCUGCAAAAGAAGCAAGAUAUGAUAAGGAGUCUGUGAUGAAGUUUUUCCGCAUGUUGGUAAGGAGAAGAUAUUUUUCAGAUGAGUUGCCAACAGCAAAUCCAUGGUCCACUACAAUGCAACAACCAUUGCAGAGGUCUGAUGACAGUUUGAUUGAUGAAGAUCAUAUAUACACGAGAACAAGUACUUGCAGUCAAAUUGGAAAUGUUCUACCACCACUUCCGGCUCAACGUAAUCUCACUCCACCUCCUACGCUUUAUCCUCAGCAGCCAGUCUCAACCCUCGAUAUCUAUAACAUGCCUAGAUUCCAAGCUCCGGAUACUAGCAGCAUUAAGUCAAAACGCACCAAUAUUAAUGUAUGA